UCCUAUAUCUCUUUCGGUCGUCAUGGUGACGACGCCUCGCCCGCCUUGUCGCGCGAGAUUGGCGGCUAGGUGGCGCGGCAGCGCAUGCGUGAGUGUCGAACGUGCAGUGCAGUGCCGGCAGCGAUUGCAGCAUAGUCAGUAGCGCGUUGACGGUGGAAAGGUGAGGGUCGUUAGUGUGUACGCGCGUCUUACUCGUGUGUACCCUUAGCGUCGCGCGUUCUUCGUACACGAACGGAUCAGAGCGCGUCGCCGAAGCGCGGUUGCUGCUGAACGUCCCCAGGAGGGCUCGUCACCUCUCCGGUCGCGCGUCGCCGAGGUCGUGCCGUCGGCGCCGCGGGUGUGUGCGUGUGCUCGAAAAAUGUAAUAUGGCGAUGGUUGCGUCGUCGAACAUGAGCGGCCACAUACAGAAGCAGCUCACCAGGAGCCUCGAGCGAAUCCUGGAGGAGGCGCACCUGAGCGGCGAACUCAAGCUAAGCGGCCGAAAGCUGAAGGACUUUCCGAAAGUCGGGAAAGCCGGUUCGGCCGCUAAGUACAACCUGCAGGACACCGUGAUCGCAGACCUUUCGAAGAAUCGCUUCAGUGAGUUACCGGAGGAAGUCACCGAGUUUCCGUUCCUCGAGAAGCUGCACCUCUAUCAUAAUGCCAUAAGAAUAAUCCCGGAAACCGUCGUAAUGCUCCAAUCUCUCAACUACCUCGAUCUUAGUCGAAACCAAUUGACGUCGCUACCUCGGGAGAUAUGCAGGCUACCCCUUCAGACCUUGCUAGUCGCGCACAACAGAUUAGCAUCUCUGCCGGACGAGCUGGGCAGGAUGACAGCAUUGGCAGAACUGGACGCAGGUUGCAACGAAAUCACGAACCUUCCACCACGAAUGGGCGACCUUGCGCAGCUCCGGUCUCUAGACCUGAGGAGCAACUUGCUGGUGCACCUGCCUAUAGAACUGACGUACCUGAGGCUCGUGAAGCUGGAUAUUAGCGGCAAUCGAAUAUCUGUGCUUCCAAAUGAGAUGAGGAAGAUGAAGAGCCUGGUGGAUUUCAGACUGUCCGACAAUCCGCUGACCUCGCCGCCUGCCUCGCUAUGCAUUCGCGGGCGAACGCACAUCUUCAAGUACUUGGAGAGGCAGGCUGCGAAGCACGAGAGGGCCAGAGGCGGUCGGGCCAGGCGGACGCCUCUGGAUACGAGGGGUCACGCGACGCUGGACACGAGGCCCCACCGACGUCACAACGUCGACAGCGGCUACAGCACCAGCGACGGCGUCGACAAGCGUUGGUCCCAAGAAAUCCAUAGCGCGGUGCACGACGGCGAGGUUCGCGGCUUGUGGCGGCAGGAAUGUUCACCGCUCUCGAUAACGCUGCCGCACGAGGUAGGCGUGAACGGAUCCUGCAGCGGCACGUCGACACCCAGCACGAUUUCACCCGGGGAGCACACGUCCCUGGAGGAUGAGUUGGGCAAGGCGAUGAUACUGCACGAUCAGCUGGAAAAGAGGAGACUGGAGAGGAGCGCCUCGGAGAACGGAGCGGACAUAAGAAGACCGAUGAUCUCUGGCCUUCAUCACACAUCGAUUACACCGCCGGGCCAUCUGGAGUCCACACAUCUGAAUCAGUCGCAGCAGAUAUCGUCCGCGCAAGCGGUACACCCACUACAGACUCCCGCGGCGAAUCUCGUCACGCUGGUGAAUGGAGACGAUAAGAGGCCGUUGAAUCACAUACAGACGUACAGGGAGUACAAAGAGGCUCUGAAGCAGCAGCGGGCCAACGAAGGCCCGAGCGUGUACAGACCUCGCGAGCAGGUGGUGACACCCCCGGGCAACGAGUCGCAGAACAACGAGACCGAUUCGGGCAGCAACAAGGAGGGCAUCGCUCUCACCGGCAAGCAGAUCUUCAACGAGGAGAACGCGCUGAUGAAGAGGCCGGUGCAGAAGGUCACCCCGUCGCGGAUCAACUAUCAGAAUACACCGAUCAUCAACGGCAGUAACAGCGAGUACAACAACAAAAACGGAAAGUAUCUCGAUCAACCGUACAAGAAGCCCAGCUCGCCCAUCAAAACCUCCAGCAGCAUCCUGUCGACGAACGCGAGCCCGGCGCACGCGCCCAGGCUGGUGAAGACCGCUGUUGGCUACGUGGAAGGCAACAAGAGCCCGAGCAGAAACGGCGGCAGCCCAAAGUCGCCGCGAUCCGUCACGUGGAACAGCAACCUGCCCGAGAAGUAUUCCUUCACCAUGAGGAGAGAAUUCGAGCGUGCCAAAGAAGAGGCUGAUCUCAUCGAUCAGCUGAGAAACCACAUAGAGACAAGAUUGAAGAUGGCACUGCCGGAGGACCUCGCACCGGCGUUAACGGACGGCGUGGUGCUCUGCCACUUGGCCAACCACGUGAGACCGCGGUCGGUCGCCAGUAUACAUGUUCCUUCUCCCGCUGUACCUAAGCUAACUAUGGCGCGAUGCAGACGUAACGUCGACAACUUUCUCGAAGCAUGCCGGAAGAUCGGCGUCGAUGAGAAUCUCGUGUGCUGCGCCAGCGACGUCCUAGAGGGAGGUCGCGGGGUCGUGCGUGUCGCCGUCACGGUGUCCGAGCUGCUGAGGUUCCACCAGACACGCUCGCCCUUGCAGACAUCUUCGAGCAUGCCGACCCAUGUGCCUGCUUAGCGCCAGACUAUCUAAAUUCCUCGAGAGAUCAGCGGAGAAAGAAGAUGCGAAUUCGACGGGAGAAUGUCCUCGCGGGGAGAUUUCGCGCGCGAUGGUGGACGGAACGAGAAAAGAAGGCGCGAGGAGAAGGCGCGCGCGCGCGCGCGCGCUCGAGGCCACGCUUCUAAUUGUGGAGGAGUACAACGUCGAAGUUGUUCUGUCGGUGUUUGAGAGACGCGUUGAUCUCUCAGCCAUCCGUCGUCAGUCAGACGGCCGAACGAAGCGCCGAUCUGACAUCGCGAGUGGCCGUUGAGACGUUGAGAAGACGUCUUCUGGGACGUCUUCCGGGUUCUGAGAGGGAAAGGAAGAGAAAGGUGCACUUUUCGCGAAUUUUCGCGCGUUGUCCGAGGUAUUUCAAAGCUGGCUCUGGGAUACGAUCCUUCAGAAUACGACGGACGAGCGAGCGGCUCGCUGGUCUCGACCGCGAGGGGUGAUUGCUCUCCAUCGCGAACCGACAAUAAGUCGCUCUCCGUCGCCGCGACGCGUUCUUCCGCGCGGCGCUUUGCGGGGCUCUGUACAAUCGGCAAGCGCCAAAUCGCAACGUCGAAUUACGCGGUACUUUUGUAUUAUCUUCGCCUUCUCUUGCGACGCGAGAACAAGAGGCAACCCGCGGUUGAGCCGAGCGGCCGGAGACUUUCUUAUCAAAAGCAGCGCGCGACUCGCGGAUUCGCGCGCACUGUAACAACGUAACGAGAUAGACUGCAGUCAACCAUGACACUUAAUUAGAUAUGUAACGAAUUUUAUAUCGAGAAACACGAGACCAGAUCUACGAUGAUGCUUAUUUUUGCUCGUAGUUGCGGCUUCUGGUCCUCCGAGCAAGUCCCUGGAACAAGCGCGUCGACGCGGGACGCGGAUUUUGUAAAGGCAGAUAGACGGACACGCGGAAUUAUGAGGAAGAUUGAGAGUAGGUCCUGCCGGAGCUUUCCGGGCCGUGCGUCCAUUGUUAUCUUCGAGUUGUCUUUAAAAAGUUGAAUAAAACGCGAUCAAACGUCCGGUCUCGAAUAAAAAAUCACGAUUAUCUUACGCGCAUGUUUUUUUUUUGUCGUAAUUUUCUAUAUUGCAUGGACUGUUUCAUGGUUUUGGUUCUCUGGAAAAAAAUUAAUUAUUCCGUGUCACAGAAAUUUGUUCUUUACUUUUAUACAGUAUGAUUAGAUGUCUCUUAUACACGUCACGUUACUCUUCGAAAGAUUUCGAUGGACGCGCAGCCUCGAAGCUCGGGCUGACAAAAGGAAAGAUAUCUGAGCUUUCGAUUAGUGUAGUCCUGUGUAUCCGUGAUCCAAUAUCUCGCAUGCAUGCGUCGCUAAGGCUCAGUUAGUAGACUAAGCUGUGGCAACUCGUAAGCACGAGCAUCCCAAAGACGUAUCCCGUCGCACGAUCAUUUCGAUUUCGGUCGCUUCAUCGAACGUCACACGCCUUAGACGGGAAUAAUAUACGUGUAAACGGAUUCAUUUCCAAAACGUUCGACGUUUCUUCGACGUUUUUCUUCCGUGUAUCGAACUGUCGGAGCCCUUGCGAGAGAGAAAGGUGCGAGGGGGAGGGUAGGGGGGAGUAAAUCUCGUUCGUCGGGGCGAUACCUCUCGUACUUCAUCAAAAUUUACACGAACGAAGAACAACGAUCUUUCGAACCCGUUAAAUUUUUUGGUAAAACAGUCGUGGUAAAGACAUGCUAACGAUAAAAACUGUUUAAUUGGCAUUGGCUAAAUAAUCGAACUUUACAGCACGGAUAACAGCUACAAAUUGUUUGAAAUUGUUUAAAAAUUCGACGACGAAUUACACGAUCUCUCGCGCUGUUCGCGAUAAAUUGUGAGAUUAUUUACAUCCACAGAGAGAGAUUAUUUACACACACAGUGAGAUUAUUUAACCCACACACUACAUGGUUCACACCAUUUAAUCUUGUGCAUCUCGUUGAUACGAAUACCACGGAUAUCUAAGAUUACAAAUCUAAGAGAAAAUGUUAAAAAAGAAAAAGAACGCGCGUGCUCGAAGGGCCGACACUCGAUAUACUCAUCAUUUGUGUGAUUCGCGCCAGCGAUUCUGUUUAUCCCUCUUUUACUUUAGCCCCCAAAGAGGAAGUAUCGCGCGUAAAACAGAUCAAAGGGUAGGUAGAUAUCUGCAUAUGCAGACGGUAAACUAGUUAGGUAUAGAGUUUCGAAUACUACCGGCGAUUGCUAAGGAACGUGAACGUUACCGCGGUGCCGGUAACAACGAUGAUGAUAACCGCUAACGAUGGCGGCGGCGGCGGCGGCGGCGGCGGCGGUGGGCCGCGACUGGUUACCAGCGAGCGUCAAGUGAGCGGUCUAGCAGGACGAUACGAGUUAAGGCCUAGGUGUCGGAACUGGAAUUACCAAGCAUUUCUUUAUUUCCGGGGUGAAUUGCAUCGACGGGCGCUGGGGACUAGUGAUGACGAUAGAUUAUCGUGAUUAUUAAGUUAAACAAAUUUACCCUUUCAAAGGAAGUAAAUUCUCUUUCUGGAAGAUCUCUGAGAAACAUCAGUCAUGCGAUUAAUCCUGACGAAUCGAACUUUUCGAGAAAAGAAUCAAAAUUAAAUGGCGAUUAAAUCACGUAUGUUUGAUCGGAAUUUUUUACACGUUGGCUGUCAGAUGAAACAGGACGGAGAGAGUAAGUCGAUUAACGCUAACGAUACCGAAGAAGAAGACAGUUCGGUAGAAAUUCAGGCUGAUCGAUUUUUGUUUCAGCUAGUUUACAGACGCGCUCCAGCGAACGCCGUUGCAACGCACCCUCGACUCCUAGUUUCGCAACUUCGACGGUCAACGACGCGAAUUGGCGUGAAACGGUUUUCUUGCUUUUCCUAGGCCGAUUAAGAUAGGAUCCCGCGACUUCGUUCUUCAUUAUCGGAAUCCUCGAGAUUCUCGCGAGGGUAGUUGGAACGUUAGCCGUUAAUUUGCGCGCGAUUGAUGCGGACGACCCCAUUAGGUGCUAAGUCUAAUAUCCUUAAUUGUAACCUAUCCAUUGUAUCUUUACACGACGCUUGUCUCCUUUUCAUUUCGACCGAAUGUGAUUUCUCGUAUCAGCGUGGAGGAGGAGGAACGCAAAAGAUCUCAAGUGCCGUGGUCAGAAAGGGGGAGAGGCGAAUUUGGCCGAGGUGGAAGUGUGGUAAGAUAAAGUGAGAUGAGGUGAGGUCAGGUGAGGGGUGAGGUCGAUGCGGUAUCGGCCGACACCGGAUAACUGUAAUGUUCAUAUUUAUUGUGCCAAAGAUACAUGUGUUUUCUCACUUACGUUCGAGGACGAAUUUUACUCGGAAUAUCUUCGUCCGCGAAGUAACGGCAGAAAUCAAACACACGCGUCGCGUGGCUCCGGCUUGUCGCGCGGCUGCAUCGUGAUGUUUUGUUUUACGUUCGUCGGUAUCUCGCUAGCUUUCGUUUGAAACGACGCCCACCUUCGUGGCCACAGCAUGUACACGAAGUGUAGGGUGUUUUCAUGUUCUCCUUGUAGGUUUUAGUUUCGUUUACCAAAUUCGGAAGGUGAUUUGAUCACAUUCGUCUCGUAACGUAUUCUCGAUAAUCUUCGUUAUUCUUUGUGCUCGUUCGCACAACGGUUUUGCAUACGUAUGUUUCUUUCCUUUUUCUUUUAUUCUUGUCAACGUUGCUUCAUAUACUCACGAUCGCGGGCCACUGUUCAUGAGCUUGCUCAGUAAUUUCUGUUGUAACAGAAGCCGAAAAAUAGUACACGCUGUAAAUAGAGAUCCUUUAUCUCAUACUCUUACUUAAUAGAUAAAAAUAUAAUAAAGAUACUUAUACAUUUCUCUUGAAUCUUCCGUUACAGUUGCAACGUCGGGGGUGGGAGGGAUAUCGCUCGUAUAUCAUCACUUCGGCUGUCGUCGUAACCGCUUAGCGUGCAAACUCGCAAGUAGUGGCUCGCAAUUUUUUUUUCUCAAUGUGGAACACAACAGCCGAUGACCCAACGGGGAGGGGGGGGGGGAGACUUCUCUGCGAAUGAAUCAAAAGCAAAUUCUCUCGUUGAAUCAUCGACUUUGGUUCCGAGGUGUAUCGAGGAAGAAAGAGUUUAAGAAACGUAUUGCAACCAAGCGUAUCGAUCCGCUGCUUCAUGUCUGCUUCUAUCGGACGAAUAUGUAUGUGUAACUUCGCGCGUCUUCGUGUACUCGCGUGGCGAAGUGAACGAAACCAAAAAGAAGAAAUUGCUUUCCGCCGAAGUACCCCACUGAGACGCACAUCGCAAUUCGGGCAAAGUGGAAUUGAUUGUCUACGUGAGAAAAACAAGAGGAAAGAACCAUCAUCUCUGUGUCUCUCUGUCUCCCUCUCUCUCUAUCUCGCGUUUACAUUGAUUAUUGUUACUCACACGAUUAUUUAGACCGUUUUGUUUCUUCGUUUAUUUAUCUCGUCGCGCCGGGGAAACUUUACUGUAAGGUACCACAGAAGUAGAAAUCGCCCACGAUCGUGGUUCACCCAUUGAGUCAUUCAGAAGCACGAGGAAGGGAGGACCUCGCGUCAGGAUGUGCAACGCGGCUCGUCCUCGAACCGUUGUAGAUAUUAUAUUCGCGCGUUUGCGAGACACCGCACGCGUAGUGGCGCGCCGCCGUCUUUCCUCCGUUUCGGUUCGUACGGAAUUCUUUCACGUCGAACGUAGCCGCACGUAGGGAUCUGUAAAGCGACGUGUCACUGCGGAAUUGUAUUACUCACCCAGAUUAAUUGUGUUCGUCGGAAUGCGCGGGGCAACGGCCGCCGUUACCGAAUUCGACGCGACUCCGAAGCGCCUCGCUCGCUGCGCAUUACUCGCGGAACAGUAUUAUUAGCGCGCCCCUUGAUGAUCCCUUUCAGGUCUGCGCUCUUAUCGUCUUUAAUAACGUAUUUACGACCUUUGAGCACUCACUUUCCCGCCAAGUCGCUCGUUACGUAGCGAAAUCGUGGAGCAACUGGCAACUGUGAACAUCGCGACAUCGGAAUUAUUAUUCUCGCUUGUAAAUUAAUGGAUUAGGUAUUUGUAGCGUACGCAAACGAUACUUACGAUUACGUUCGUAAAACAGGCCUGAAAGGGUUGAGAACCGACCGGAAAUUCUCUCGUCUCUGUGGAGACAUCGACAACGAAAAAACUGCUGCAUUCGUAACUUUCUAUCGCUCGAUCGAGGCGCUUCUAACGGCCGGCCACUGUGGCGAAUUAUUAAACGCACUACGUAAUGUACGUAUUAAAAAUUAACGAAUACCACGUAUGAAAUAAAUCGAAGAGAAUCACGUA